CGGCGGGCCGGGAUUGGCGGGGCGCCGCGGAGGCGCCGCCCGGCCCCAGCAAGUCUCCAACUUUCUUCCUGCCUCCCCUCGCCGCCGCCUCCCUCCUCCGCCCGCCCUGCCGCGCUCCCUCCAUCCCGGGAGCCCCGCGGAGCCCCGCGAUGCUCCGCUGCCGCCUGCCCCUGCUCGGGCCCUGGCUGCUGCUGCAGACGGUGUGUGCUGGGAGCCACAUUGCCAAGACCCUGGGGUACCUGGAGCUGGGCACCUCCGGCCUCCUCAAGGAUGUCCCCUACGGCACCCUGAAGCCCCCCGUGCUUGACCCUGGGCGGCUGAUUCCAGCUGAGCCCCCCCGGGGCACGGGGACACCCUCAGGCGCUGCGCAGAGCCCCUGGGACUGGCAGAAGAACCACACAGCUGGGGACCUGCCGAGUCCCCGCGCCCGGCGCAAGCCCUCGCUCAAGUCCGGCCGCACCAAGAAGAUCUUCGGCUGGGGCGACUUCUACUUCAACAUCAAGACGCUGAAGUUCAGCCUGCUGGUGACAGGGAAGAUCGUUGACCACAUCAACGGAACCUUCAGCGUCUACUUCCGCCACAACUCCUCCAGCCUGGGCAAUGUCUCGGUCAGCAUCGUGCCCCCCUCCAAGGCAGUGGGCUUCGAGGUGCUGGUGCCAGCCCCCCCGCCGCUCCCCCGCCCACCGCCCCAGCAGAGCACCCUGCCUGAGGGGCGCCCGGCCAAGGCCCUCAACUGCCACGUGGAAUACGAGAAGACCAACCGGGCGCGGAAGAACAAGCCCUGCCUGUACGACCCCUCCAAGGUGUGCUUCACCGAGCACACGCAGAGCCAUGCUGCCUGGCUCUGCGCCAAGCCCUUCAAGGUCAUCUGUAUCUUCAUCUCCUUCCUCAGCAUCGACUACAAGCUGGUCCAGAAGGUCUGCCCUGACUACAACUUCCAGCAUGACAACCCCUACUUCGGCUGACGGCUGCGGAAAGGGGCGGCGGGCACCGGAGCUGGAGGCAGAUGGGGGCCAGGGGCUCCUGCGCCCCAUCCCGGCUGCAUGGUGUCCCUCAUCGCCCCCGCACCGGCCCCCCCCCCCCUUCAUCACUGCAGCACCUCCCUGGGGCAUGGGAGUGGGGCCAGGGACAGCCGGCCCGGGGCACAGCCGGUGCAGGGUGUCCCGGCCCCACCGCCCACCGCACUCCCAUCCCUGCAGCGGGCGCACAGCCCAGCCCGCGACCCCAGGCCGGGGGAUGGGCUGGGGUCUGUGGGAGCGUGUGGGUGAGUCAGGGGGUAUGGCCCCAUGCGAUGGCAUCAGCUGGGCACGUGUCACCUUUGGGGGCGAGCACAGGCGUGGUUGUAGCAGGGGGGGUUUGCCAGGUGCUGGUGGGUCAGGGUACUGGGGAGAGCUCAGGCUUCACCCUGUAGGCUGGGGGGGGGGGGCUUUUGUUCUUUCUGCAGCUGUGGGAGAUGCGCAUGUAUGUGCGUGUGGACAUGUGUGUGCACACCAGUCUGCGUGUGUGCGAGGGCACCUGUCCAGGUAUUUUGGAGCCUUCCCCCCCCAUUGCCCCCUCCCAGGCUGCGGCAGCGUUGCGGCACCAAACCAAGCCGCUCAUCCUCCAUGGAGGCUCCCCCCCACCUCCCGCUGGGGAGGACCCUGCCCAGAUUCGCCACCCCUCACCCAGAUUUGCAUCCGCCCGGCUGCCACCCGCCACUAUGCCGUGAAGAAGUGCCACGCCAGGGGCAGGGACCGGGGGGCCCCUUCCCCGAGCCGGCAGGGCCCUCGCUGGGGGCUGCCCUCACCCUGGCUCUGGGCAGGGACUUCUUCAUAUUUUUUUAAGAAAACUAAAAUGGAAAAAAAGUGGAAAAUAAAAACAUUGAA